AUGGCCGAAUCGACGUGGCAAAAAACAAAACGAUUCUCCAAAAAAGGCUUCGACAAAACAUGGGCGACCGUCGACAAACUUGGCGCCCCGGUGAAUCGCCUUUCGAAUAAGCUUGGCGCCGAAGCUUUUUGGCCCAUGGCCAUUGAUAAAGAAAGCGAUAAGGCUGCGCGCAUUUUGCGCAGUUUUUGCAAGGAUGGAUUUUAUGCGGCCGAGACUGAUGAGGGCGUCGAUGAGAAUGGAAAGAUCAAUCGCCCCAAGGGCAAGCAGACGGUUAUCAAGAAGAUUCCCACGCAAGUUAUCAAGCAAGCCAAGGGUAUUGCGAUCUUCACCACUAUGCGAACUGGUCUCUGGGUGAGUGGUUCCGGUGGCAGUGGUGUUUUGCUCGCUCGGAUCCCCGAGACUGGUGAAUGGAGUCCACCAUCUGGUAUCAUGCUUCACACUGCUGGAAUCGGAUUCCUUGCUGGUGUCGACAUCUACGAUUGUGUGGUCAUUAUCAACACACACGAAGCGCUGGAAGCGUUCAAGAAGCUGCGCUGCACACUUGGUGGCGAAGUCAGUGUUGCGGCUGGUCCCGUUGGAAUGGGUGGCGUGCUCGAUUCCGAGGUACACAAGCGUCAGGCCCCGAUCUGGACCUACAUGAAGAGCAAGGGUCUGUACGCGGGUGUAGCCGUCGACGGCACAAUCAUCAUCGAGCGAAGCGACGAGAACGAACGGUUCUACGGCGAGCGUAUCUCCGUCACUGAUAUCCUCGCUGGUAAGGUUCGCCACCCACCCGAGUCGAUCAAUACCCUUCUACAAACCCUUAAGGCCGCCCAGGGCGACCGCGAUAUAGAUCAGGUUCUGCCUCCUGGUGAAACACCCGGUGAUAUCGACUUGAACGACGGCCACGCCUUCGGUGUUCCAUCGGCCGAGGAUCCCGAUCCCUACGGUGUGAAAGCGUUGGAGGCUGAGGGCUUGUUCAUUCGGGAGGCUAGCACCAAGGUGAGGCCAAACCCUGAAACAUUCGAGUUCCGGCCCAAUCCAAGCAGCCCGGUUUAUGCUACUUUCUCGAGGCGCAGUCUUGAUAGCUCGCCAAGAAAUAGUUGGCGCACCAGUAUGCAAAGCUAUACUAGCGUAAACCGCGGGACUCAAACGGACAGCGGCACUCAAACGGACCUCCCGCUAACCUCACCACCAUCAGUAAGCCGAGCGUCGUCGCGGAGUGCAAAGGAAUCGACGAAUGAACCUACCUCUAGCCCGUGGGACGAACCUAAAUGGGACUCGGUGCCGAUCGGUGGUGAGGAGAAGGAGCAGGAUAAGGAUUUGGAGGAUGCGAAGAGACUUAUUGCACAAGCUGAGAUGAAAAAUGAGAAUUGGGAUGAGCAUGAAGAAGAAGAUCAGCCAAUUGAUUAUGAUGAGGACUUUGAGGUUCAUGAGGUUAGCAGCGCGACUAUGACCAAGCAGGAGUCGCCUAUUGAGGAGCGCCCGGCUACUGCGGACUCUUCCUCGCGCAGCUCGCCCAACUUCACUCGGGCUCGUCUCGUCACCAUCCCUAAGCGACCUACCCCGCCUGCCCUUCCUCCCCGUCACCCCCGUCACACCUGGGGCUCCGGCUCCAGCCGCGAAUCUACCUCUCCCACUGCCCUGUCGCACUCCAGUCGCAGCACUGAGCGCACCGAGGCUGCUGGCGAUUUUGGUGACUUGACCGAGCCGGUCAGCAGACCUACUUCCCUGCCUUUGAACGUGACCAAACUUCAGACGAACACCGUUCUGCCCGCCGUGGUUGACGAGGAUGAUUUCGACGAGGAGGAUUUUGCCUCGGACACUGAGUUGCCUGUUGAAAAAGACGAGUUCCACUCUGUCAACGGCGACGAGGAAUCCGAACCCAAGGGUGAGGUUCAGACUUUGACUGGUGAUGUUUCCAAUAUGGAGAUCAAUACGGUUGAGAAGAACGAGUUGGAGGCUUCCUCUCCGAAGUCGGACAUCUCUCCACAGUCUGAUGCCAAUGCAACUGAGACCAAUGCCUCCAGUGAGGACCUUCAGCUUGACACUGUGGAAGUUGCUGCUGAGAAGUUCCAUGAACCCAAGUCUGAAGAGGUGAAUGACAAAGUCAACUCUGAAGACCAGACCCAUGACCUUGUCAACAUCCACGCUUUGAAUGCCCAGGCUGCCUAA